AUGCCACCCGAAGAUCUGUGCGGAGUAUAUGAUAAACAAUGGUUGGGCUUGCCCUCAAUUUCUACCCGUUCCGGAAUAUCCUCGCGGCAAUAUAAUCCCAACAGCUGCCAGAUAUUCUUCCACUAUGCGGUUCGAAAAUCGAGUGCUGAUGUAGUUCUGUACAACACGGCUGCUGUUCCGAAGCAGCUCGAUAUUGUUUUAAUACCGAUCCCGCAAGCGUGCCUGAACCCAUCACAUAGAAUGCCGUCUAUGCCAUACGCCACCAAACGCGUUAUUGUCGUCCUGGAUAUUGGUGUCUACCUAAAGAUCAUCCAUCCGACUGUCACACGGCGCCCCGCCCCGGGCAAGGAUGGAUGGGAGGAUUCUGGACUCCCAGGUUUACGAGUAUUGUGA